ACAUUAUUAUAUGAAUAUGGUGCUUGGGGUGCUGAAAACCCCACGUUAAGGACCCAUCUCUUCAUGGAUUCCUUGCUAGUGCCUCAAUUUUCACCCCUCGCAUCUCAUUGGUACUCGUAUUACCCCACCACAUCCCUCCCCCUUCAUCUUUAUGUAUACGCAUGUAUAUGUGUAUAUGCAUGACUCUCUUUAUUGUGUUUCUGGGACUGACAAAAUCUCUUUCAGGCUGAGAAACACCAGCUUAUGGCGUAAUGCGGGCAUAGUUUUUUGUUAUUGAAAGAAUUGUAAGCCAUGGAUGCUUCUUCUUUGGAGGUUCAUCGUGGGGGCAUUAUGGAAGUCAAAGAGUUGGUAUUUGAUUCAUCAAAGUGCAGUAAGUUAAGCUUGGAGCAAAAGAGAGUAGUAGUAUAUGAGUUGUCGAAGUGGUCAGAUGGUGCAGCAGAUAUUCUACAAGCAUGGAGCCGUCAAGAUAUCCUGCAAAUCCUCUGUGCAGAGCUCGGGAAAGAAAGGAAGUAUACGGGCUUAACAAAGUUAAAGAUAAUCGAGCACCUUUUGAAAGUCGUGUCUGAUAAGAAAUCCCUGGAGCAAGGAACUGCAAGUCUCCCUGAAAGACAGCCUUUAUUAGACAACGGUGAAAUGACUCCCAAACGGCAAAGGAAAUCUGAUAACCCAAGUCACUUACUUUCUGCAGCAAAUACUGAUGCAUCUAACAUUGCUGAUGGUGAUUUAAUUAAUACCACUUACUGCAAAAAUUCAGCUUGUAAAGCUAAACUGAAUCGUGAAGAUGUGUUUUGCAAAAGGUGUUCGUGCUGCAUUUGUCGACAGUAUGAUGACAACAAGGACCCAAGCCUGUGGUUAGUUUGCGGCUCAGACCCUCCAUUUCAAGGCAAGUCAUGUGGCAUGUCGUGUCACCUUGAAUGUGCCCUGCGGCACGAAAAAUCUGGGAUCACUAAUAAUAGGCAGGAUAAGGGACUUGAUGGGAACUUUUGUUGUGUAUCUUGUGGAAAGGUGAAUGAUUUGCUCGGCUCAUGGAGAAAGCAACUAACAGUGGCUAGUAAUACGAGGCGUGUGGAUAUAUUGUGCUAUAGACUCUCCUUAAGCCGAAAAAUUCUUGCCGGAACUAAGCAUUACAAAAAUCUAUAUGGAAUCAUUGAUGAAGCAGUGAAAAAGCUUGAAGAGGAUGUCGGUCCUUUAACUGGUUUACCUGUGAAGACAGCAAGAGGAAUUGUAAACAGGCUUUCAUCAGGACCAGAAGUUCAGAGAUUAUGUGCUUCUUCAGUAGAUUCUCUCAACUCAAUAAUUUCUAACAGGGAGUCCGAUAUACCUUCUGGUACCACUAUGCUUGCUGCAAAACUUGUCAGAUUUGAAGAUAACAACAUUAGAGAGAGAGAAAUGCAUCAAGCCCAGUUCCAGACAGGUAACUCUCAAAGUGAAGUAGCAAAUAUAAAUUCUACGAACGUGGAAGUAGAGCAAAGUCAAAGUCCGGCCACCAACUGUAGCGCCCUUUCUAAUCCUUCUUCAGUGGAAGAUGAAACUAACAAUGUCAUGCCAUGCAGCAACAUGGACAAGACUAGAGGUGAUAAUUAUGUUGCAUUUCGCAGAAGUGACAAUAAAUCUUCUUGUGCAAAUUUUCUUUAUGACACCAUCAACUUCUCAGAGAGCCAAAAGGAGACUAGUAGAGAUGUAGUCUCUUUUUUGGACAAGGAACAAAAACAGAACAAUGAUGCUUUAAAUCUAAAAAACAAAGACACUUCAAAAGUACAGAUGGUUGAGAAAAUGAGCACUGGUAACCUGUCAAAUAUCCCCAGUCGGGCUGGUUUGGAAUGGGUGCCAUAUGUGGAUAGUUCAGAAAAUGGCUUGCCAAUCACCCCUUGCAAGUUGGAGAAUGCGAAGGAUGGGAAUGGAAGGAACAACAACAGACCUAAACGUGGCGGGAGGAGUGUGGAUAAUGCAUCUGCAAGGGAGAAGGAAUCCUCGAAGAAGAAAUUUGGUGAAAGAGAUGAAGAUUGUACUGAAAUUGGAGACAAGAAUUUUGAGUAUUACGUCAAAGUGAUCCGAUGGUUGGAAUGUGAUGAUUAUAUAGAAACAACUUUUAGGCAGAAAUUUUUGACUUGGUACAGCCUGACAGCAACACCUCAAGAGGUGAGAGUUGUGAAAGUAUUCAUUGAUACAUUUAUUGAAGAUCCAGCAUCUCUUGCUGGACAACUUGUGGACACAUUUUCUGAUGUUAUUUCAAACAAGAAAAGAUGUUCAACAGUGCCAUCAGGGUUUUGCUUGAAGCUUUGGCAUUAAGAGAUUCAAGGAUUUAGUAUGCAAACCCAAUGAGAUUUGCCUGCAUCAUUCUUUGGAAAUUAGAAAAAUUAUCUAUCAUACUUCAUUCAAACUGUUAUCUGCCAUGUUUGAUAUUUAGGAUUUUGCAGUUCUAUAUAUGUGGUACCAUUGGAACGAAAUUUGCCCUCUAUUUAUAAAUAAUUUCGUCUGGGCAUGUAGCUUUGAGGUUAGGAAUAUAUCUAUAGUAUAAUGGAGGAGAUAUGUGAGUGGAAUUUGAUACAGGAAUUUAGCAUGAUAAAAGGAACUAGAGUCUGAAACAAGGGAAAUUCAUUUUUCUCAUGUGCAUUAAAUAAUGGGGACUCAAAUAUACUCAUGUUGAUUAAAUACCAGAGUACUGAAACUUUUCACCUCAAGAUGGAAUGAAUUACAUGAUCA